UGUGGAAGGUGAAACGCCAGGAAUCACAUUCAUUUCAUCAGUGUAUUGUACAGAUGUCAUCAAGACUGAGACACAAUUUUAUAGUACAUGUAUGUAGAUAUGGAGAGAGAGAAGAAAGAGAGAGGGGAAAUGCAACACAUAAAAAGUCUUGUCUGGGGAGAAUGUUAAUAUAUUAUAGAAGUUCAUGGAAUCGUCAGCACAUAUCUAGACAGAAUGUCAAUAUUUACUUUGGGUAAGAAGUCUGACAUUUGUUAAUGUAAACAAAUCUUUUUUCAACGAGUUUUCCGAGUAAUAGGUAAAUUGUGGUUUGCGGUAUACAGGUCCCAUUUAUGCAUUUAAGUAGAAAAGGAAAAUAGAUGAGAGGCAUAGAAGAUUGAGAUGAUGAAAUGAGACUGUUCGGAUUUAAUGUACAACAUAUUGACCAUAUAAAUUGAUUUUUCUCUACAAUACUGCUGAGUACUGCAGCUUUAUGACAGAAGACACCAUUUCAUGUGGCAGGUUUAUGAGGCCAAAACACACAGCUGAAACAGCAUGUAUAGAGAAUUCAUAAAAACCUAGACAGAUCAACCUAAAAUGAAUUGCAUCGAUGACUUCUUUUGCGUGAAGGAAAUUCAGUUCAAAGGUUGUAUCUUUAAUUAUUAAAAGGAUGAAAUCCCAAUCAGAAACGCCCCCCUCCCCCCCAAAUAAGAAUAAAGUGCUAAGAAAUUGAUAAACAGACCAUGUUAGCUGACACUCACAGUUUAUGAAAGUGCCAAGCCAGUAAGGACAAUACUAGUAGAUUUUAAAAGAAAUAGCAAAACAAAAAACAAAAACAAAAUGAAUCUACGAUGUAAAUACAUUUGAACUACGCUGAAUGAUGUGUAUUUUCCGAUUCUAAAUAAUGUUUGGCACAUUUUCAUCCUAUUCUAAAAAUGCUAAAGGCCCUGGCUCAAUUCCCAACAGUCUUAGCAUAUAUAGUCCAGUGGAUUAGAAAAUGUAGUGUUCGAAAUUGGUUUAAAACUUAGUAUAGACCACGGGUCUAUGCCAAAACAAGAUGACAUAGACCUCAUCGAAUUGGCAUAGACCGCAAAAUUGAAAAAAACAACAACACAAAUUUAAAACAUUGUUAUUUACUUCUAAUGAACUUAGAAAGCAUAUUUUCUUUCCAUUUCCAUUUAACAAUGUUCUCCUUUCCUCAUAACGUUUAUCAGACGUUGACUUUUGGGUUAACUCUAUUGCUUUAAACCUAGAAAAUCGGCAUAGACAAUAUGAUCUAUCCCAAUUACAAUUGGCAUAGACCGCUGUCAUUUGACAUAUAGACUCGGUCUAUCAGUCUGUGGUUAAUUUCGAACACUGAAUGUAUAAUGGCAUCUCAUAAAGAAUGAGGAGAAGAUGGAAGAAUAAAAUAAAUAUCAUUAGACUUGUGUGGAUUGUUUCUAACUACAUUCUGUUUUCACAUUGGAUAGUAUGUACUUGAAAGCACUUGUGCAAACAAUUAUCUUGAAAUAUAAAUCUACUUCAAUGUCGGAUUAUGAGACAGUUAUUUUUAAAUUGAUAUCCCGGACAUUCGUCAUGAUAUUUUAUUUUACAAUAUUCUACAGAUGAUGAAUGAUGAGCACUGCGACUUUGAAAUAUUAUCAUAUUUCAGAAUAUAUAUUAUAUUAACCAUGUUUCAAAAUGUGAAGAGAAUUUGAUAUGCUAAAUUUUGAUAGCUGAGCGAUGGAACCUAAAGAACAUAGAAGGGUUAUGUACAUUUAGUCAGACGUAAUAUGUAACACAGAUCUUGGUGAUGGAAAAACGUCUCUAUUUGUUUGGAUUUCUCACAAUUUUCAUGAGACAAGGUGUGGCAAGAUAUUUAUUGGUAAUUUUCCUACAGUACAUAUGCAUGUACUCCCAAGAUAAGGUUUAAUCAGUAUAGAAGACGGCCUUUGAAGGCUUUUCAUUUUAGUCCAUUGAAGGACACAUUCCACAACACAUUGCACAAUGAGAAGAGGAGGUCAGAAGAAAAGAGAUGUCUUGUUUGGUCUGAAUUGACAAUGAACUUUUGAUCAUCCCCGGAGGUGCAUGGUUUUAAUACUAAGUGUGGAGGAUUAGACUGUUGUUUACUGGUGAUCUAAUCAGUGACCUUGACCUUGGCAUCUAUUGAAUGAGGAUCCCAGCUAAAGCUUGAAUUGCUAGAUAAACAAAUUUCCUUAACCUUGAACACAGCAGUUCAGAUUGUCAAUGACCUGAGCUAACUUGAUCAACAGGUGUUGUUCUGUGAAGGGGGACUUGAUGAAGUGGAUUGUUUGUGUGCAGGUCUUAGUGUUGCAUAUAUAUAUAUAAGGAUGGCUAAACGAUCACACACAAGUGCAAAACUUCAUCGAUGUAAUUGUUGGCCCCACAAAAAAAAAAAAAAAAAAAUCCAUUGUAUUUAUAAAUUGUUGGCUCCAUAAAAAAUAUCCAUUGUAUCUAAUGUAAUUGCUAGCGGACAGUCACAUUCAUAUGUCUGACAUGCAUGUGAGCAGUGGAGUGAAUGCUCUUGUGAUGUGCUCAAGGAAAUAAUAGAGGAUCUAUUCAGUGCCUUGUAGUUGGAUAUACAUGAAAUUUAUUCCACGAGUAAGACAGGAUUUUUCUCUCUCUCUAUUUUGACGAAUGUGAAGAGGGAAAAUAUAUUAAAAAAUUCUGUCUUACUUGUGAAAUAAAUUUCAUAUCCAACAACAAAGCAUUAAAUUUUCUGUUUAUUACAUUUCCUUUGGUUUUAGAACAUGUUUAUUUCAAAUAUUAAAGAAUUUAUUGUAAUACACAACAUGACAUCACAAUCAGUUAUUCAAUGGAUAAAUUUCACCGUUGAAAAAUGUAAUAAAUAUAUAUGUGUGUGUUUAAAGUUUUCCUUUUGAAUUAGCUCUUUAAUGACUCCAGUUAUAAGUACAGUCAUUUAUUAGAUUCCAAUUUAAGCUCUACGUCAUUGAGAGCUUUAAUAAUAAUUUAAAAACCCUCUAUUCAUUCAUUUACAGUUUACGUAUUUGUAAGUGGGCCAUUAUUUCUAUCUAUGCGUUUUAUAGGUGUUGGGGACUUGGGAAUAGGAUGUGUCGUGAGUCAUUAUUCUGACUUUGAAGGUUCUUUCAUAAUUGUACAGGAGUUCAGCUAUACCAUUCUCUCUAAGUAUCGCUUGAAAAAAAAAAAAUCAUUGUUUAUGUGCACCGUGAUGGUACCCUGUUGUUCUAAAUGUCAUUAAACAGUACAUCGUGGGACAAACAUUGCAAGCAAAUUGGAUGCACUUGGUAUUGAUUUUGGAAGAGAAUUGUUAAAGUAGACGACUGUCUCUUUAAUGGUUGUCUAAAUGUGUAUUGCCAGUGUCUGUAAUGAUUGUCCAUGUAUGACACCGCUUCUGAUUAAUAAAGAAGUCAUAAAGGAAACUGCAGCUCUGAGGUCAAACUGUAAAGUAGGUGCCCAUAGAUAACCAAUAAAACCCGUCACUGAGUCAGAGAGAUCUACAGUAGAACACUGCCCCCAAAUGUCUAUGUUAGGAGUCACACAGAAAAACAAUGCAAUGAUGCAUGUCAUCUAAGCUGUGGCUUUGACAAUUUAUAUAUAUGCAAACUAUUUUUUUUACUUUUGAAAUCAGUAAUGGGAACAUUUCCAUUAACCUAUUUUUAACUUAAUUGUUUUUGGUUCCAUUCUAAACAUGGAUGCAUUUGAAGUUUUAUUGCCUAUAGUUGCCACCAUUGACCAGAAAAAAAAAAUUCCAUUUCAAUGCGUGUUAUGUUUAAUCCUUCCAAACCCUAAAUACUGAUUUUAUAAAAGUUGCCAGACAUUCAGGUGUGUGUCACUGAAUAUAUACCUACCGAACAACUGUAUGCUUUAUUGGAUUUUACCUUCUUCACUGGGGAAACUUCUACAGACGAGAGAGGCUUCCAUGACACAUGAAAUAAUUUCCGGCAGGUGUAACACCGAAAGAUAAGUAGGCCAGGUUUUGACAUGCAGUGUGUAUUCAUUUAAUAUGCAGUACUAAUCUACCGAUGGACCUACAAGUACUCAACAUACAUGCAGGGUUUCAUUCUAAUCUGAAAGAUGUUUUCAUAAUAUGUGGAUCCUGGAGGACAUCUGCUGUAUGAUUUUGGCACCUAAGUAUGGUUUUUUUUCUUCAGUGUAAAUGCUGUACAGACUGCAAAAGCUUGGUUUUACCACGUUACAUGUGUGUGUAGAUAUUUUUUAUGGUACACAUCUGAUUCACUUUGUUUAUACUGUGUGUACUUGUGUUGUAUCAUCCCCCCAGGAAAUCUAUAUACCAUCAGCUGUGACGUCAGAUGUUCUCUGUAGAAGUACAAAAAUCUGCACACCUGGUCACUGGGCAACUGCAUAUUGAAUAUCGUUAGUCAACGGAAUAAUCAAAUGAAUGGAGACUGCCUUUUUAAGCAGUUGUGAUUGUAAGAUUUAAUAGAUGUGAAUCAUUUUUCUCUCUCUCCAUAAUGGGACAGCUACAGACCUGGUCAGUGAUUGUAAUUUGGUCUGAUGUUUCCCUAGCUAGCCUAUGAAUUUACUCUAUUAUAUCAAUACACUGACACUUGUUUGAGGACAACAGACUGGGCUUGAUUUCCCAAUUGAUGGCUCUUGCAGAUGUGGAAAAUCUCCAGACCUUCAAUUUUGAUUUCGCUAAUGGAUCAUCAAUAUUAAGACUUGGUCUGUCAUUGGAGUGAACAUCAGAUCAAUUAAUUUGAAUAGCAACUUUUGUAUGCAUUAACUUUGCUACUUGUGAUGUGGUAAUAGAACAGAUAUAACAAAAGGGAGAUAGGAAGGAUAUGACAUCCUAUCCCUGUGUGUGCAGAAAGAUAUAUUUUUCUCACUAGAUACAGGAAAUGACCUAAGAGAAAUGCAUUUUAUGGUUGGUGAAUGUGCACAGGCUUCUUUCAUACAGUGAUAUUCAUGCAAGAUAUUCGUGAAUUGAUUUGCUUUAAUGUUUAUUACAACUCAUUAGCACUCGUUCUUGAUGGGUUUCGUAAGCAGUGGAUUAUUAUGAGUAAAUGAUAUACUUUUUGAAUUCUGACAUUUCGAGGAAGACAAUUUAUUGAAUGUUCAUUAUGGUUGAUGGGAAUUGAACAAUCUAUGUUGCUCAUGAAAAUUGCUGAAGAGAAGAAACAAAUUCCGUACAUUUUACAGGUCUUAAAACUCGCAAACAAAAGUGUGGAUAACAAUUGACGAGCCAUUCUCUUUUGCCAGUAAAAACAAAAUGUUUACAUACCAACAGUGGUUUAUCCAUCCUUUGAUGAGGUAUACAAAAAAGCCAGUUGGCUACUUGAGGAAACAUUAAUAGUGUGUGGGAUCCUGAAAUAUGUCAAAAGAUGCCAAGGUUUGUAUUCUUUCUACACGGAAAGACAGUGGAACCUGAAGUCAAAAGGUGUUAGAAGAUGGCCUUUGUUUCUUCUCAUUAGCACUUUGUGGGAACUGAAGUUAAAGCACAGGAGUGUGUAUGUCAUUUACACUUAACAAAUUGGCUGAGGAUGUAAAAGAUGCAGCAUUAAAUUUGGAAAGCAAUUUGAAGUCUUGCAACCCAUGUGUGAAAACCAAUUUGUUUUCGAAAAAAUGACGUGGAAUGGAUGUUUACACCUUUAAGAUUGAAACAUCAAUAAAUAUGGAUGGAGCAUAACAACAUGCAAGAUUUCAUUUGUGGCUGUGGACAUAAAAGUUAGAAGAAAGUUUUGUCUUCGACAUGAAUCCAGCUACCAAUGAAGAACCAGAAAUCAGGGAUGAUAAAUCAGCUGUAGGCUGCUCAGAUAUGGCUGGGGUGAAAACUGAUAUGUCUGGAGCAAGAAGAGAUCUGCCACCUUUAAGAAUUGAAGUUCCUGGGGUCAUCACAAGACGAAGGGGAUGUGUGCCACUGAGAGUUCGGAUUUCUUCCUCCUCUGACCUAGAUUUUGACCCGGGUUAUACCAGAAGUUCUGAUGGCUGCCUCACCUCUCCUAGUCCCUUGUCUCCCAGCGUGCGACGCAGCCUUGAUGAAUUUCCCUUGGGUCGACCAGGAAGUAUCCGACGUCUACAGCGGACGUUGUCGGAGGAUUCGCGACGACGUAGAGAGAGUCUACCCAGCACUCCGAUCAGCCUCCCUACCAAUAUUGGCAGCAUAAACAGUCACUCAGGACUGGGACACAGUGUAGGGGCUCUUAUAGAACCAAAUCUUGUCAGGAUGAAGAAUUCCAUUUUAGGACAGUCGGCACCCUCUCUCACGGCAGGCCUGAAGGAUCCAAGUUUUGGAAGACGAUCAAGUCGAAUUCGUAAAUCCAUUGUGGGUCCCAAUACCUCCCCAAUACUUCCCCAAAGAUGUCCCUCUCCACAACUGCAUGGAAGCAGUCCGCACGAAAGUCCCAGGAAUAUGUCCCCUAGUCAGCACAGCAAUUUCCUGUUCCAGAAUGUCAGAAACAGGUGUGAUGGAAGACGAUGGUCCUUUGCCUCAUUACCUUCCUCAGGUUACGGAACAAAUACCCCAGGCAGCUCCAAUGUUUCGUCACAAUACUCAUCUCAAGAACGUCUUCACCAGUACCAGCCAGCCCACGAGGAAUACACGCUCAGUGGCAAUGAGGGGGAUGAGGAGGGACGUAAAUCUCCACUGUCCCCCCUCCUACGACCCAGAUCUCGCAGUCUAAGCUUGUCCUGGCUUGCACUUGAUAGUCCCAUGAUUUCACCAGGCAGCGAUGAGAUUGUCAUGAUGAAUAGCGUCUACAAGGAAAGAUUUCCAAAGGCGACGGCCCAGAUGGAGGAAAAGCUGAAGAAAUUUAUAGAGCAGAACAAGCUGGAGGAGGUAGACUGUGAUGCGAUCACACGAUUCCUGCAUCACCAGGUGAUGGAACUUGCCCGCGACUGUCUGCAGAAAUCGCAAGACAAGCAAAUCACUGGGUCUUACUUCUUUGAACUCUCGGAGAAACUGGAGAAGUUGCUAAUUGAUGCACAAGAAAGAGAAGAAAUUGCCUAUGAGUUUCUGUAUCCACUCAUCAAGAACUUGUAUCUAAUUAUCUCAAGACCAUCAAGGUUGUUGGAGUGCUUGGAAUUUGACCCAGAGAAGUUCUAUCAACUGUUGGAGGUGGCAGAGGGACAGGCAAAAGAACACAUGAAAUCUGACAUUCCUCGAUACAUUAUCAGCAAACUAGGCCUUAACAGGGAUCCUCUAGAAGACCUGACGGAUGGUGACACUGCUGGCUCUCAGUUGGAUACCUCUAUAACAGAUGAAAUUUCACAGAAACGACGGUUAUACAAGUUCCACACUCCAGCCGAGGAUGACUUUGAGAUCAUUAAACUGAUCAGCAAUGGGGCUUAUGCUGCUGUUUACCUUGUACGCCAUAAAGAAUCUCGACAAAGAUUUGCUAUGAAGAAGAUUUGUAAGCAGAAUUUAAUUCUACGCAAUCAGACGGAGCAGGUCUUUACAGAGAGGGACAUUCUCAGCUUCACAGAAAACCCCUUUGUUGUUAGCAUGUAUUGCAGCUUUGAAACCAAACGCCAUCUGUGUAUGGUGAUGGAGUAUGUAGAGGGAGGUGACUGUGCCACCCUGAUUCACAAGUCAGGACCACUUCCUUUUGAUCUCGCUAGGAUGUAUUUUGCUGAGACAGUUCUCGCCCUGGAGUAUCUCCAUAGUUACGGAAUUGUACAUCGUGAUCUCAAACCUGAUAAUCUUCUAAUAACGGCUACAGGCCACAUAAAACUCACAGAUUUUGGGCUUUCAAAGAUAGGACUCAUGAGUUUAACUACAAACCUGUAUGAGGGUGCUAUAGAACAGGACUGUACGGAAUUCAGUGAUAAGCAGGUGAUCGGUACACCAGAGUAUAUUGCUCCAGAAGUCAUUCUAAGAAAGGGAUACGGUAAGCCAGUGGACUGGUGGUCGAUGGGGAUCAUUUUGUUUGAGUUUCUAGUCGGUUGUCCUCCAUUUUUUGGAAACACUCCUGAGGAGUUAUUCUCUCAAGUUAUUAAUGAGGAAAUAGAAUGGCCCGAGGAGGAGGAGUGGCAAGUACGAGACGAUGCCAGAGACCUGAUCUCCCAGAUGCUGCAACACAAUCCUCUGAACAGGCUGGGAUCAGGAGGUGCACAGGAGGUCAAGGAGCAUGCCUUCUUUAUGAACCUAGACUGGGCGGGGCUACUUAGACAGAAGGCGGAGUUUAUCCCGGAACUGGAGAGUGAAGAAGACACUAGCUACUUUGAAAGUCGACAGGACCGGUACAACCACGAGAUUGAGACGGAGGACACAGAGGAUGAUGCUGAUGAUUCCUUGUUUCAGAGCUUUGCCUCUUCCUCCCCCAGGUUCUACUAUAAAAUAGAUGAAAUGAAUGAGAGUAAGGAUAAGGAUGAUAGAAGGAGACAUUCCAGUGCUGACGAAAUGAGGACACAACUACUGCAAAAACAGGCCCUGGAGAGGAAGGACUCCAACCAGUCCGAAAGUUCGGACACCUCACUAGAACUACAGCAGUUGAUGAAGAAGGAGACCAGUAGUGGAGACACCUCCGACACCUGUAAAGACUCCGACAGCAGUGGAAUAAAGUUGGAUGAGGAGGUGUUUGUCUCGCCCCCUGAACGUAUGUCGUCCAGAAAGAGCACAUUAGCGAUAAUGUUCAGCACACCACCAAGAAGUCAAAUUCCCAAAACGAGUACUCCAGAUACUCCCAAACCCACCCAUCGCCAUCCCACUACCAGCACGCCCGAGAGCUCGGACAACUAUACCAGCGAUGACUCGCCCAAAAUUUCCAAGCGAGAAAUACGACCACCCCCGAUAAAAAGCAUCCCAAAACUCGCCAUCUCUUCUGAUGAGGACAAGGAAAAAGGUCCAGGGGUUAAAGAAUUGUCUCCUGUUGAUGAGAAAAGGGAGAGAGAUAUUGAAUCCAGUUCACUGAGUAGAAAACUCCUGCAGAAGUCUGCCUCAACAACACAGCUCACACUCCUCAUUCAACCAACAGAUGAGUUCAUAGCAAAACCUAUGCUGUCUCCUGGAGGGUCAAGUACCAGUUCACGGGAUGGUUCCCCAUCCAGGGAUGUUUCGCCUCUAGCCAAGUGUCUCAACCCUCCCAUCAUCAUAAGGAAGGGCCCAAGAGGCUUUGGAUUCACUCUUAAAACCAUCCGUGUCUAUCAAGGGGAGAGCGAUGUUUACACCUUGCAGCAUGUUGUUGUGGCUGUUGAGCAGAACAGUCCAGCAUACGAAAGUGGUUUACGGCCAGGUCUGUUGAUUACUCACGUCAACGAUGAACCAGUUCAGAGUUUGUUAUACACCAAGGUCAUACAAAACAUUCUGAAAGGAGGAGAUGUUGUGAGCAUUCGUUGUGUUCCAAUGGAGAGUACCACUAUCAAAAGAGGAGGGAGGCGCAGGGCACAUCCAGGAAAGAUGGUCCGAAAAACCAAUAAGAAAAAGGGUGAUGACAAAAUCAAAGAAAAGACUAAAGGGAGAUCUAUUCUUAGAAGACUGAGUUCAAAAACUAAGAAAUCGGAGUGGUCCUCUCCACUAAUGGUGACGGGUCGAUCUUUUGGUAGUGGAGCAUUCAGCAAGUCAUGGACUUGUGGAGACACUAGCAGUGGGCAGCUCAAAGCGACUAAAUCAUUUCCUGGGGCCAGUCCAUGGUCACCAGAUUCCUCAAUGGGCAAUUCAUCGAGUAGUUCUCCAAAUUCCAGCACCCCAAAUUCUCCUGCAAGUAAUUCCACAUUUGGCAGGCCAAGUUCAUUACACGGGUUACAUCAUAAUAAGCGAGCUCACAGUAUCAAAUCGCCUCAUCGUAGGAAGUCGGUUCACAAUAUUCCUUUGUCUCCCCUGGCUCGCACCCCCUCACCCUCACCCAUGCCAACCUCCCCUAACCGCAGUCCCAGUCCGUUAGCAUUUACGCAGGGCCAGACUUCUGGCCAUCAGAUUGGAAGCUCCAACAUGCCCCAGCAAACUUAUCCAUCACAUUUGAAUUCAUCUCAGUCCCCUAACACAAGCAUCACAAGAAAAACUUCCUUUUCGCGACCAAAGAGCUGUGAGCCCGGGUCACCUCUGUUAAGGAGAGCCCUAUCACCUGAUAGGCUUCACCCUCAUUCUGCAGAGAAGGCAGGGAUUCAGAGAAAGGGAUCUCUUCAGGAGAAGAAAAGCCAUUUGUAUGAAUCAACGUGAUGGUCAUUUCCCUUCAUUGCGUUGUGUAUGUACUACACUUAUAGUGAAUAUUGUGAUUUUGACUAUCAGCUGAUACUUAACUCGCUGAGCACGAUGAAGUUGUGAAUUAUGAUUUUGCUCUCCCCCAAAACCUUAAUUGUGAUAUCAAAGACUUCAAUAUAUUGUUUUUGUUCGAGUGUUUGUUAACUCUAUAGCAUGUCCCCUGUUUAUUGUUUUCCUGUGUGACCAGCUUUCCUCUGUGAUGACCCCCUGUAAUAAACUGCCCCCUGCUCAAAGCUUGUGCUAAGUGUACAUGAAAUGCUAUGUGAUAUAUUCAUUGUUAAACCAAGGGUAGGGGAUUGUUGAUAUGUUGAUACAUGUACAAAAGUUUAUUCCUUUGUCUGUGUAGCCAGUGCUAGAAGUUUUGUUUGUUUUGUUUUUUUUAUCCAGAAAAGAAUUGUACAUGCAGUAAAACAUGGUUAACAGCGAACACACUUAUAAUGAAUUCACGCUUACAGUGAAACACAGUUACAGUGAACACACUUAUAAUGAAUUCACGCUUACAGUAAAACACGGUUACAGUGAACACGCUUAUAAUGAAUUCACACUUACAGUAAAACAUGGUUAUAGUGAACACACUUAUACAGUAAAACAGUUACAGUGAACACACUUAUAAUGAAUUCACACUUACAGUGAAACACAGUUACAGUGAACACACUUAUAAUGAAUUCACACUUACAGUGAAACACAGUUACAGUGAACACACUUAUAAUGAAUUCACACUUCAGUAAAACAUGGUUACAGUGAACACACUUAUAAUGAAUUCACACUUACAGUGAAACAGAUACAGUGAACACACUUCCAGCAAAGUGAUUUUCAUUCCCUUUGAUUUUAAAUCUUAAUAUGAACUCGUUGGAUACAAGGAGUUACUUUCAUAACAAAAUUUGUUCGUCUCUGGACUUCGCUGUAGGCAUGUUUUACUGCAUUCUACUAAAACUAAUGGCAAAAGCAUAACAAUGUUCCGAACAUUAAAGGUGAACAAACAUCGAGUUUCAUUCAGAUUUUGUUUUAACUACUGUUCUGUGAUCUAAUAUUUACUACUAGGUGCUUUCACGCAAAUUACGAUUAUAAUGUUUAGUUGUCAUUUUGUUAACCUUCAGAGAAAUGGGCACAUUCAGCUUCCUGUUUCAAGAUCAUAGUUUUUUUUAUAUAAGUGCUAGAUGUAUGUAUGCUGAUAGCUUGUCUUUAACCCCUUUAGUGUUCAUGGCCAUAUGUAAUGUUUUGCAUUAAACUUACUCAAACAUUUUCUUUUUAUCUUCGAAGAAUAUAAGAUUUCCUGUGUGACAAAUGUGACAUUUUACUCUCUCUUUUUUGGGGUUAGGAUCCUUUUCCUCGUUAUUGAAUUUCUCUGAAGAUUAACGAUGCAUGAUUGUUGUGUAAUGAUGUCCAAUGACGUAAUAAUGGCAUGCAAACUCAUUCAUAGAUAAAAUCAUUAUUUGUUGUAUUUUCACAAAGUUGAUGUGUAUAACUGUUGAAAUGUGUAUGCUGCUUUAAGAUUUUUAUUCUGAAAGAAUAACACUAAAUACAGCACUGUCUAAUUAGGCUUUCGUUAGUAUAAAAAUAACAGUAAAUACAGCACUGUCUAAUUAAUUAGGCUUUCGUUAGUAUAAAGAUAACAGUAAAUACAGCACUGUCUAAUUAAUUAGGCUUUCGUUAGUAUAAAGAUAACAGUAAAUACAGCACUGUCUAAUUAGGCUUUCGUUAGUAUAAAAAUGAUUUUUUUCCCUGAGUUAAGUAAGAUGAUUUUGCUGCUUCCCUUGUGUUUUAACAAAAAUUUUGUGCAAGUUUCUUAUAAUUUUUGAAGGAAAUACUAAUGUCUAAACUUAUCCGCAGGAGGCCCAUGUUUUAGGUAGGAAUUUAAAGUUGAGGGUCCUCAUGGCCUCUAUCUGAUGGAGAUACCCCCAUAUCUUUUUUCUUAAGCUGAGGAAAUUAACAUUAGACGAAAAAAACACUAAAGAAUUUACCUGUAUUAAAAACUACAGGCUGAUUUUUAAGGGUGGGGGGUACAACUGUUGUAUAUGGACCUGUCUGCUUGCCUUCAAUUGAAAGAUAAGUGCAAACGUAUAUAUUAUUCAUUCUACCGAUUUUUUUGUGUAGUACAUGUGUUAUCAUCAUGGGGUGCAAAUGUAAUUGUAUCUCUCAUUGCAUAGGAAUUCAUGGAGUCCGAUAGCAUGCCAUACACUGUGAACCGAAAGAUCUUCAGAAUUUUAUGUUCAAUAUUUCUUGAUUAAUUUCUGUUUCAAUGUGUCAUUAGAUUGGAAACCAAAUGAAAUUUUAUUUUCAAAAAACUUGUCACAAAGUAGGUGAACUGUGAAUCGUUUAUCAACAUGCGUAUUGAUCUCAUAUACAUGUGUAUAUAUAUAUUAUGUAUUAACCCACUGCCUGUGAAGGUGUAGUAGUGAAGAUGGAUGGUUUUUGUUUGUAGAAUUCGGAUGACUGAUAGCAAUAUUAUAGUUUUACUUGUAAUUAUUUUGUUACAUAAUAUUCCAUGUUUUUGCUACAAUUUCAAGCUGUAGUCUGUGUGAAAUGAUUUCAUUGAAAUUCAUCAAGUUGGACUUUUUCAAUUGCAAAUUUGCUGUGUUUCAUUUGAGUAGAAUUUUAAAUUCUCUUUUUCACUUUACAUGUUGAUAUUUAGAAUUGUAAUGUGUUAUACUGUUUUUAACAUAGAGAAAAAAACCAGGCACCACCCUAGGAAGAACCACAUGUACAGACAGAAAGUGAUGCCAUUAUUAUUUUAAAUCGUGAAAAAUUGUUAUUUUGUCGUAAAUUAUAUUCAGUGUUUCAAACAAGCAUUGUAGAGCUGUAUAUAAUUUAUAUUGAAAUCCUUUACAACUCAAUAAAAGAAACCAUUUUUUUUAUCAUCUGAAUAAAGAGAUAAAACUGUAA